UAUUCAGCGGAGAAACUUUCCUUUCCUUUUCAUUUCUUCCUUUUCUUCUUAGUCUAAAGAUUGUAUACUUCACCUUUCUCCUUCUUUGUGGCAACAUAUAGCCAUCAUAAAACCCUAAUCAUAAGAAGAACUCUGUUAUCAAACUCAUGGCGGAAGAUUCAUACGACGAAGAGUGCGACUACCUAUUCAAGACGGUGCUGAUCGGAGACUCAGCGGUCGGAAAAUCAAACAUCUUGUCAAGAUUUUCCAAAGACGAAUUCCGGUUAGACUCUAAACCAACCAUCGGAGUUGAGUUCGCUUACAGGAACGUUCACGUCGGAGAUAAAAUCAUCAAAGCUCAGAUUUGGGACACUGCAGGUCAAGAAAGAUUUAGAGCAAUUACAAGUUCGUACUACCGUGGAGCAUUAGGGGCAUUACUUAUUUACGACAUAACAAGAAGAACAACUUUCGACAACAUCAAGAAAUGGCUUUUCGAGCUCAGAGAGUUCGCUAAUCCAGAUACCGUCGUGGUCCUCGUCGGCAACAAAUCCGAUCUCCGACAAUCGAGAGAAGUUGAAGAAGAGGAAGGUAAGAGUCUAGCUGAGUCAGAAGGUCUUUGCUUCCUUGAGACUUCGGCAUUAGAAAACGUUAACGUUGAAGAAGCUUUCCUAGUGAUGAUCAAACGUAUACAUGAGGUUGUAACACAGAGGAUCGCUUCGGACAACAAAUCUAACGGCGUUGCAACGACUCAUGUUAACGGUAACGGUACGGUUGUUCCUGUUGGUAAAGAGAUUGUGAAUAUCCAUGAAGUUUCUGCGACCCAACCAGUAAGCUCUUCUUCCAAAUGUUGUUUCCAGUAAAUAAUUAAUGUAAUUUUGUUUUUUACUCUUUUAACUUGUGAACCGGUUUGGUUAAUUUGUUUGCUUCGGAUGCUU